AGGCCUAAGUUCCUGCAAUAAUUUGUCCUUGACAUUUGAUUAUGGACUUAUGGGUUAUUUCCCCCUAGUCGAAGUUGCAUGCAUUUCAGUGAAACGAGGCUGAUUGGUGACAAUGAGGAAGUUGAAAUAUCAUGAACAAAAACUUCUGAAGAAGGUUGAUUUUAUUUCAUGGGAAGUUGACAAUAACCUACAUGAAGUGAAGGUGAUGAGAAGAUACCACAUUCAGAAACGGGAAGAUUACACCAAGUACAACAAGCUUUCAAGAGAAGCACGUGACCUGGCACGCAAGAUCAAGGAUUUGGAUCCAAAAGACCCAUUUCGCAUUGAAUCUGGGGCUCAGCUAUUGGAGAAAUUACGUCGCCUUCCUGUUGUCAUGGUGAGACUGCGAAUGGCCCAAACAAUUCGCAUGGCUACGCAGUUUAUUGAGCAAGGCCAUGUUCGUGUUGGGACAGAGAUGAUCAAGGAUCCAGCUUUCCUUGUCACCAGGAACAUGGAAGACUUUGUCACAUGGGUUGACACUUCAGCCAUCAGGAAGCAUGUUAUGGAGUACAAUGACCUGGUGAGGUUAUGGGUUCAGGAGCUGGAGGCUAUCCUCAAAAAUGAUGUCAUAGACUUAGCAGCACUAAGAAAAUUCUGUUUCAAUGGAAUCCCUGAUGAUGGUGGUAAGCGACCGAUGUGUUGGCGUCUCCUGCUCAAUUACCUUCCUCCAGAUACAAAGGAUUGGCCCAAAACCCUCUCAGAACAGAGAAAGCUAUACUCAAUGCUCCUUGAGGAGAUGAUACUGACUCCAUGGCAUCUUAAGACCAAUGGAGAUGCUGAGAAGGAUCUAAACCAGGCUGAUCAUCCCCUAAAUCCAAACCCUGACAGCCAAUGGCAGACCUUCUUCCGUGACAAUGAAGUCCUCCUACAGAUAGAUAAAGAUGUCAGGAGACUGUGUCCUGACAUUUCAUUCUUUCAAAGAGCCACUGAAUUCCCAUGGAAUGGCAAUGUUGCCAGAUCAGGAACUGAGAGGCUCCACCAGAGGGUGCAAACAAAAGCAUUGAAUUCUGCUCCUGUCACUCGCAAAGGUCUUGGAGUGACAAAGAUAACAAUGGCUAUGAAGAGGGCAUCAGAAGACUACAGCCCUUUAGAGGAAGGAAAAGAAGCACAUUGGGAGGUGGUGGAACGGAUCUUGUUUCUGUAUGCAAAAUUGAAUCCAGGGCAAGGUUAUGUCCAAGGCAUGAAUGAAAUCAUGGGUCCCAUCUAUUACACACUUGCUUCAGAUCCUGACAGAGACUGGAGAGAGCAUGCAGAGUCAGACAGCUUCUUUUGUUUCACGAACUUGAUGGCUGAGAUUCGUGACUUCUUCAUCAAGACCCUUGAUGACUCUGCAUCUGGGAUCCAUGGACUGAUGAGUAAAAUAGAGAGAACUCUGGAGUCACUUGAUAGAACCCUUUGGGAGAAGCUGAAUAAACAGGAAAUCCGGCCACAGUAUUAUUGCUUCAGAUGGUUCACUCUCCUCCUGUCUCAAGAGUUCCCUCUCCCGGAUGUGAUUCGAACAUGGGACUCUCUGUUUGCUGACGAAAAGCGCUUUGACUUCCUGAUGCACAUGUGCCUCGCCAUGCUCUUACUUGUUCGGGAUAAAUUACUCAUUGGAGACUUCCCAUCCAACAUGAAACUUCUACAGAACUAUCCCCCAAUGGAUAUAGCUGUGAUCAUAUCUGAGGCUGUGAGGGUGUCCAGGCGAUUGGAGAGCUAGCUCACUGAAAAGAAGUGGCCUGCAUUUUCUUUGAUACCUGAUACCAUGGCAUUGCCUUACAUGAAUCCUUUCAUGUCUGGUGCAGGAUUGGUCAUCCAUUUGAUACUUGCUUUUUUACUCUUCAUUCAGUCAAAUCAAAAGAAGGUGGAGGAAGUGUUUGUGCUGUUGCUCAAAUGAGAUUAUUAGAGGCAAUAAGUAGUAUACAGUUCAUCAUUUUCUCUUGAGUAAUACUUAUAUUGUGCAGCUACAGACUUUGGCCAUGAAUUUUUUACAUCACAUAGGUAAUUGUGACGUCAAUCUCUUGUCUUCCAUAAAUGCUGCCGGUUGGUUUAGUAGAAAAUUUGGAUUUCUAUCCAGGUAGUGAUUGAGGGAAGGAGGUGAAAAGCCAGUUGAUAUUCAGGGUGUAACAAAAUGAUUUGACCCCUACAUUGAUGACAAAAUAAAGGUGCCAGGAUCUUGGUUUUCAUGUGUAAUAAUUACUCAGUCUUAGCAGAAACAAUUGACAUAUCUGUAUUGGUAUUAUUUCCACCUGCCUGGACAAGAGCCUGAAUAUCUUGAUGUGCAUGAAGUUGCCUUCAUUCAUGACACUGCACUCUGCCAUAAAAUACUUGCUACUCAAAAGUUUCUCUGGCUAGCAUAGAGUAGCCAGCCAACUCCCCAGAUUUGAAUGUAGUUGAAGGUAUCAGUUCCAUUAUGAAAGAUCAUAUUGAGGAGAGGCAGCAUUGGAUUUCCAUACCUGUUCUUGCAAGUCACCUAUUCCUAGUUCUGGCAUGGGCAACCUUCAGCAAAUGGCUUUUUAAGUCCUCUUGAAAUCCUUACUGAAUCAUAUUUAGGCUGCCAAAUGGUGGAGUGAAAAAAAAAAAUGUCUGGCAAU